GACUAUCUGUAUCAUAGAAGUCUCUUCUUAGUGUUGUAUGCUCUGAACCAGGUGACUCCUGCAUUCCAGGUUAGUCCCAGCCUACACUGGAAUACUGCAGGUAAACUGGUGCUUUGUGCUAUGCUGUACUUCCUGGGAUUUUGGUAAUGUAUGUGUGGAACUACUGAGAUGCUUUGAUAUGAAAAUCUUAGUUGUAAAUUAAUAGGAUUAGUUACAUUUCUGUUUGGGGUAUAGAAAUAUUAGGUGACAAUCACUGAUAAAAUAAGUGGAUUUGUACUAAGAAACAUUAAAACAGUAAAUCCAGGUAGGAAGGAUAAAUGUUCUGUAUUGCCAAGAAGGGUUUCUUAUACGUUCCUUGGAGGAUUUGAGAAAUGUCACAGUACUGUACCAUAGAUUCUGAUAUUCUUAUAAAGGUCCUUUCAAAGAACUUAAAAGGAAAUAUACCUGUGCAGGUGUGGUAAAUGAUCUCAGGGGCUCUCUGUGAAGGAAGAUUGCCAUGUACAUGUCCAAUUUCAGUGGGUUCUGUUAAAUUGCAAUUGUCAGACCUCUCAUUUUAUAGCCUUUUUUCCCCCUGUGUAAUACUUGGUGCUCAGAUAUUUUACUCAUUCAAAACAACUCCAUUUACACAGUGUCUCCACGGGCUGAUUGCCAAUGGAUCAGUGUAAUCCUGAGUUGUGGCAGCCUACACUCGUACUCAUCACUCAGCUGUUUGUUUUGGCUUGGACUGGUUGUUUCUGUGGGCAGAGCAGAGCGCGUCUCUGGUUCUCUUGAGCUCUCACACUUAAAGUAGGUGUUAGGAACUGAGGAAUCUUCUCUUUGGUUAGAAUCUGUGUAACCCCAGAAGCUAUAAAAGUCAGGUAUUGCAAUAUUUAGCCAUUACACCCCAUCCAGCUUCACUUCUUUUCGUACCUGUGUUCAGGCUGUGCAGCCGAAGCCUUGUUGUCUUGGAGGCUGGUCAGCCCUGCUACCCACUCACAGCAGCUGCUUCCUUAAAAUACAGAUCCUGUCUCCUUAUUACCCACCUGGAAACUCCCAUCCUACCUGCUUCCAUCAAUCUGAGGGCUACCGAGCCAGGAACACAUUUUAAGGAGAUGGUUCAUUUUGGACGAUCUGAGUAAUGGAGCACUCUGUGAGUGACUCCAGUGUCAGUCUGUCAGGUUUAUGUCACUUGCUUUCCUGCUUUAUGCUUCCUGGAAUGCAAUUCACUGUAUUCAAGACAUAAUAAAAGAGGAGUUUUAUAAUUGACCAAGAUGCAUAUUUUUCUGCCAGCUCGUUUGUAAGUCAUGUCAUUGCUGUGACUCACUGAAUAUGUUGAUUUGUGUGCAGUGAAUUAAAGACAAAUGGCUAAACCAGUUGCCACCUCAAAGUAUGUGUGCUACCCCAUGAGAGGAGUGCUGUUCUCACAGCAGGAGUGGGUAACUUCCAUGUGGAACAGCUCAUCUACUGCCAUAAUUUACAGUUUCCAGCUCCUGUGCUACGUUGAACUGGUGCACGUGGUCAUAAAACCUUAGUAUGGACUGGCAGUUCAGGAACUCCUUUGUGGUGCUUCAGGGGACAACAACUUCCAGAAGAAGGGUGGGACAGCUUGGCAUAGUAACAAAUUCCUCCAUCUAAAUAUGCCUGAAUUUGAGUCAACCCCAGAAACUGAUUCUGCUCCAAAGGAAGGUAACGGCAGUGAGUGUUGUGUCCUUUGGAAUUCUGUUCAGGAAGAAUUGCUCUGUGCUGUAUUAGCAUGUUGCCUACUGUGAGCACACAUCUGUAACCACAAAGUUCCAAGACUUUAGACACCCAAAUGUGUUAAUACAACUAAGUCACAGGAAUUUUCAUUAAUUGUUUGAAAGCAUCUCAGUCAGAUGUAUAUAGAACACUUUUCAUUCCAUUGAACCUCAGUCCUCUGAGAAACCAUCUCGAACAGAUGCAUAUGAGAUGUUUGCUUAUGCAUUAGUUUAAAUAAAUAAAUAAGACAGAGAGAGGAAGAAUGGAAAACUCAAUUCCAGAAACCUGCCACCAUCAGAAAGCACCUUAUUCCUUCCCUGUCUCUGUUACAAUAAUGAUAAUCCAGGGUUUAGGUAACUAUAUGGAAUGCAUUGGUGGAACUACUGUAUGAGGACAGUGGUAAUCUCUGACUCAUAUCAUGUGAGACUUCAUCAGUUAGAAUCCUAAAUUCUACCCAGAAUUCGAUAGGUAGUUUAAGCUGACCUUGUAAGCCACAAAUUUACAUCCUUCCAGUACUAUGGGCUGCCUCUGUCAUCAUGGCCACAUUUAAUGUGGUACCAAGGCUCUUUCUAAACAACUAGCAAAUAACAAACCUAAUCUCUUCUAGAGGGUUUCUCCUUUUUUCUUUCCUACUUGGAAAGUUCUGCAGCUUUUGUUAUGAUUUCUGGGUUAAUAACAACAAUAGAGGUGAAUGGAAUUUUGCAAAUGACACCUGGUAGAAGUUAUGCCAAGAUUUUAAACGGUACCCGGUGGGCACAGUGCAAAACAUCCUCCUCUUCCGUCCAUCCUAAGCCACCUCCCAUGCCCUCAGAACUCCUCCAGUGGUUUUUGGGAUGAAAGCAAACCAUGUAAUAGUAAUGUUGAUCUGUACUUCUCUCUAGUGUAGCAACCAUUAGAAAACCUUUGAAUUAAGAGGAAACCUAUUGGAAUUGGUCUUAUAGUCCUUUUAAAACCUGCAUCUAUAUAGUUCAUUCCUGUGGCUUGUUUUCUCUGUGAUUCCUGUGUGUAAGAAGCCAAGCUGUGAUCCCUGCUAAUUGUAUAGAAACCUGCCUUUAUUCAGUACAAUUUAAUGCAAUAUUUUUAUUUAUGAUGCAUUUGUAUUCUUUCCCUUCAAAUAUUGCGUAAACUGUUGCCUUUUUUUUAACAAGACCUAAGAGCUGAUAAGGGAUGUUCACUGCUGCUGUGAGAAGUUGUUUUGUUUCUUCCUGUAAUUCCAUCCUGACUUGGCAAUGCAGGCUCACAGUUAUCAUUUCAUUUGACCUGUAAAUCAAUCUGUGUAACAUGCAAAGCAGCCACAAAUGCAAAGGAAAUGAGAACAAAGUCAUGGGAAAAGCAUUUUAUAUGACACGUUCCAAGGCUCUAUUUAUGUGUGCUUUAUUCCUUCCAUGAGGAAAUAGUGAAAUAUGCAGAAUUGUAACUCAAAUACACAAAGAAACAGAAAAAAGGAAGGAAUAGAGACUGUUUAUGUAUGUUAAUGAAGAAUGGAGGGAUUUAAGAAGAAGAACCUGAUCUCUCAGCUUUGCAGCUUGGAAUAAGGAUCUGCAUCUUCUUUUCCCUUCUGGUCUGGACUUAGAGCAUGACAUGGGUAAGUUGCUUUGCCUCUGUGUCUUACCCUUCUAACUUAGCAAGGAAUGUGAAGAAUGUUGCAUUAUCAUAAUACUUCGGGUAUUAAAUUACAUCUGUUAUUGCUUUAAUUGGGAAACCUUUUUUAAGGAUGAUGUCAUGCCUUAGAAAUAUUUGAUAGGUACCACUGUUUAGCAUUGGGUUAUAUGAAAAUGAAUAUUAGGUUUCCUUUAAUUCAGAUACCAUAACUUAUCUUUUUGACCAAAAAUUUUAAGCACAGCAAGACAUAAUUAGAGCAGAGUUUCAUUCUUUUCCCUUUUUUCCAUUAAUUGCAAGACCUUCUGAUUUAAAUGCUUUUUAACAUUUUCAGUCUUCUCUGUGACUCCCUCACCAUUGACACUUCCCUACUCUCAACUCUCUGUUGGUUUAGAUUCAGUCCUUGUUAUGAGGGUGAUUGUUUUUGUAGUCACAAAGAGAUUAGUACAUUUAGUCAAAAGUACUCAACAGAUCUGUCCAGACUUCUCUGGGGUUGCAGAGGGGAUCAGUGAUGUGGUGCACUGUCCAAACAAGUCUCACCACUCUGAGUUCACAGAUUGUGUCAGUACAUGUGAUGGGGCAUCUGGAUGUGAACAAGUGCACAAGGAGGUGUUCAAACGCCUGACAAGCUUGAACAACUCUGCUGAUUUAGGGCUUAGAUAUAGAAUUUUUAAUAAGUCAAAUGAAGAGAGGAUAUUUUUAUGCUGCAGUUAUUUCAGCAAAAUCCCAUCCUUGAGUAGCUUUAAGAGAGAGCUUAGUCUCUGAAGCUUUUCUGCUAUUCCCCUGCCCUUGGGCACUGCAGAACACCCCAUCCUGCCUGUGACUCAUGUCAAACAUCCAGCUGUCACCUCAGCUCACACCUCUGCCGAGCUUUGCACACUUUGGUACGUCUCUGUUAAAGGCUCCUUUCUGCACAGUGUCUUCCACACAAUUAAAAACCCUCCUUCAGGUUCCUGUUGCCUCAGAGCUGGAGCAUUGCUCCUGUUCUGUGGCCUGGAAAUGCAGAGCUGUGGCGUUAAUGGGACCUGCUGAGUGGAAGGGACAAAGCCCUGGUCUCACACAUCUGUCUGGUAUCUCUCUGUGACCCAGCACUGUCCACAGAACCAGCCCAGGGACAAGACUUUGUAGGCUGGAGACAGACACUGUCCUGUCUGUUUUAGGCCAAGUCCUUCUUACUCAAUUCAGACCUGCAUCUGUCAGCAUGUAAUUUGAAAUGAACUUGUGUAAGACAAACUCUCUGACACCUUCCUGUUGUGUUUUAUACAGUCAUCUCCUACAAGUACUGCAUGUUUUUUUUCUGUGUGCCUGCAUGAACUGGGACUGGUUAUAGGAGAAAAAGUAGAAAAAGGCAGUCCAGAGUUGUGAUUCAAAAAGCAAGCUCAAAUCUUAAUGCAGCAGCUUUUCUCCUUGUAACUUUAGCUUCUGUUUCUUUCAAAAAUACUUAGCAGGAUGCAUUGAAUAAAACAUGGUCACCCCUCUUCACUGAAGUUAAGAGAAUACAAAAUACCAGUUCUGAAAGCUCCUCUGAGGUGUCCCCUUCUGGUGGAACCCAAAGCCAAGUUAAAAUAUUCUUUGUUGAAUUUCAACGAGACAUGAGAGAUUGAUAUCCAUGAAUAAGCUGACCAGCUGCUUUGACUUGUGGAGGAGUUCUGGAGUAGUUCAGGGGUAGAAUGGGCACUUAAUUUCUUGCAUUAAAUGGUAAAAGCUCUCAGUGCUGUGGACAGCUCAAAACAGGGAAUUUGGUGGUUUUGGGGUUUGUCCCUCAUCCAGCAAUCCAAGAAGUGCAGAUUAGUGCCACAGGCUCAAAGGUUCUGGUUCUAUUGCCAACUACAGGGACUUAAGAACAUGUAUGUUAUGCUAAAAUAUACUUGCCUAGGUGUCAGUUUGAGUUCUUGUCAGCACAUGAACAUUAAAUGACAUUUAAAUUGCAAGGCCACCUGUGAACUUGAGAUAUUUCUAACAUGCAAACAUUGAAAAUUGUAGUCAUUUAUAUUUAGAUGUGGGAGUGUUUCUUUAGCAUCUUAACUACUGCUUUAAGACUUAAUUUUAGACACACCCUUUUGAAAAUGUUGGCUUUGAUUUCUCAUUGUUUCAUUUGUAAAAGGAUAUUUGUUUUAAAAGGGCUUUAAAAUCUUAGGAUCAACGUCUAUAAUUGUUAAUCAUUUAAUUAAUUAUCAUUAAUUUAAAAUGUGUUAUUUAACAGUAAGUCACCUUUCCCUGUUGUGUUGUCUAUGAGUUAAUUUACUGCCUUCAUUCAUCUUGGAAGCCAGAGAACAACCCUUGUGCCUGCACUUAAGCCUCUCUGCAAAUACAAAAUUGGGUUGGGGAUGAAGAUAGAAGAGUCAGGAUGGAAGUGCUGGGCACCACUGCCAAACUGGAGUUUUGUUUCUUCUCUAGUACAGUUUAUCUACACGCUGGUGGUACAAAUAGUAUAUUUGUGUCGCCUACUGUCUUAUACUUCUACCAGCCCUGCCCUUUUUUGGCUCACAGCCCAGCCACCAGCUACAAAGGAGCAGGAACAGCAAAAGGGCCUGAGCACACGUGAACACCUCUGUGCUGAGAGCACCUGAUGCCCUGGAGUUACAAAUUGUCCAGCAAAGAGACCUCUCCCCAUCUCACCUGGCCAGGAAGGACUGGGACAGCUGACAGCCAGCAUUCUACCAAGGUCGUGAUGCCAGAAGGAUCCCCAGAGGAGCUCCCCAGCAGCCAGGAAUGUGAGAGCCAAGGGAAGGAGCCUGCUGGGCUGCUGGGGAACAGGAGCACAAGGACAAUGGUGACAGGAGGCGGAGGCUACCUGGGAUACAAUCUGGGAUGUGCCCUGGUUAGGUCAGGAGUUGCUGUCGUUCUGUUUGAUGUACGGAAACCUAAGUGGGAGAUCCCGAACGGAGCGGAUUUUUUCGAGGGUGAUGUGAGGGAUUAUGAUGCAGUGUUCAAGGCAUGUGAAGGGGUUGACUGUGUUUUUCACGUGGCUGCAUGUGGAAUGUCAGGAUUAGAACAACUUCAAAAGAAAGAUCAGAUUGAAUCCAUAAAUGUUGGAGGCACAAAAAUAAUAAUUGAUGUCUGCAAACAAAGAAAUAUCCCCAGACUGAUCUACACCAGCACAGUGAAUGUGGUGUUUGGAGGGAAUCCUAUUGAAGAAGGAGAUGAAGAAACUGUGCCGUAUUUUCCACUGGAAAAGCAAUUUAAUCAUUAUUCUAGAACCAAGGCAAUUGCAGACCAAAUGGUUCUUGCUGCUAAUGGAACUUUACUCAAAGGAGGGGACAAGCUCCACACGUGUGUGCUUCGCCCCCCGGGCAUCUACGGACCCGAAGAGCAGCGGCACCUGCCACGAGUAGCCAUAAACAUCCAGCGGAGACUUUUUAACUUCAAGUUUGGGAAUCACGAAGUUCAGAUGAACUGGGUUCAUAUAGGAAAUCUAGUACAAGCUCACUUACUGGCUGCUGAAGCUCUCACCUCUGAGAAGGGUUAUGUAGCUAGUGGUCAGGCAUAUUACAUCCACGAUGGUGAAAAUGUGAUUUUCUCUGAGUGGAUCGUGCCCUUGUUUGAAAAAUUAGGCUACAGGAAACCCUGGAUCCAUAUUCCUGUUCUCCUGGUUCAUAUAGCAGCCACUGUGAUGGAAUAUCUGCACCUGAUACUAAAACCAGUUUUUAGCUUUACACCUUUCUUGACAAGGAAUGAGGUGUGGAACGUUACUGUAACUCACACGUUCCGAAUAGACAAGGCACGAAAUCAACUUGGUUACAAACCAAAGAAAUUCUCAUUCGCUGAUUCUGUGGAUCAUUAUCUCAAAACAAGACCUACUUGCCAAGAAGAUCACACAUAUCUUAAAAUGGUGUUUGUUUUUGGCAUUAUGUUAAGUUUGAUCAUUCUUUCUUUCUUCUAAAAUCAAGUAACUCCCCACCUGUUCCAGAAAACCUCGUUUUAUUUCUGAGUAUUGAUGAUCUGGUCACGGUACAUUCCUCAGCCACCAUGGACUUUGUUAUUGUUAUUACUAUGAUGACACCUCUCUGACCUCCUUAAGAAAGAAAAAAAACAAACAGCAAACAAAAAACAAUCACAAAAGUGAAAACAUAGGACACA